UUAAUCGUAUGGUAACUUAACCUAACCGACCAAUCACAGCAAAGGAUUUGUAUACACAUCCAAAAAGUGGAAACACGCCUUUAGCGUGAGCGUCCCGUAACUAAAUUGUUGUAGGCUUGUUGCCUCAUUGUUAAUGAUUUUUUAUUGUUAUUCAUCAUCGUUACGACGUACGUGAUUUCACGUCCAAUUCGGCGUUCCACAGCGAUCAUUCUAGCAGCGACAACCGCUUUUCCGUACCUCACACUUUGUGUCUUUGGUACUAGGUACGCCAAAAUCAAAGUUUUCAUCAGAAGUGAAGUGUCAUGGUCAAAUGGUAGUCGGCUCGUCGUGUUAGAGCUUCCAACGACAAUCACAACCGUAUUGAUUGUUCAAAUUAAUUUUGGCGUACAGUUCAAUUUAAAGAAAAAAAGAAAUACUAUUACAGUGACUAUGAUGACCAACCAUGAUGAAGGUUAUAAAAAUAUGCUGGCUAGUUUCCGGACUAACGACCUGCAAACAUUAUUGGGAGCUUUUGGUCGAAAUAAAUCAGGACGAAAAUCUGACUUAAAAGAUAGGGCACUUGAAUUAUUAAGAACUAGACCAACUGGCUUUAACCAUGCGGCAUAUGUAUCAAAAAUAUAUGAAAUAUAUCGUUCCAUGCAAACAGAUUUGCCUAAUAAUAAUGAUAUUAUGAUGCGCAGCUUAUUACAAACCCAACAGAGACAAAUGAUGACCAUGGGGCAGAUACAGGCUCCACAACAAAGAAUGUACCAACCACCACCACAAUAUCCUCAACAGCCAAUGCAUAUGACCCGAGCUGGGUUACCACAGGUUAUGCCCCAAAUUCAAAGAGGCAUUAAUUAUAGUAAUUCCAUUGGAGCAAAUACUAUGGCUAACAAUAACAUUCAAUAUAUAUCGGGCAGUUAUCAGCCUUCUGUACCUCGUUCUAUUACAUCAUCUCAUUUGUCCUCAAAUCAACAAAUGAAUGUGGGGUCACAAGAUCCAUUGGGAUAUGAUAUGAAAGGAAUGCCAGGUGUAAAUAAUUCUUUUACUCCAUCUCCUGAAACUAUAGCCCAAAUCAAGUUCAAAAAAUUACCAUUUUAUGAGGUAAUUGACGAGGUUCUUCAGCCGACUUUUCUAGCUGGCACUGACAAGUGCACAUUACAGAACGUUCCUAGAGGUAUGAAAGAAACGCAAUUAAAAUUUUUUGUGUCACUUGAGAAUGUCAAUCUUGUUGCCAUGAAUCGUGAUGUUUCCCCAGGAAAAAAUGAUUAUAUUUAUCAAUUCCAGAUUCGAAUUAGUCAGUUAGUGGAACCUAUGACUAAUGAGGUAACAGAUUUUAUGCCUCUUGGACUACAAAUCCGGUUUGGUGCGAAAGCAUGUCCAUUACCACCUACUGCUCCUAAUACUCGGCCAGGAGCUGAAUCCAGACGAUCUCCAAGACCUAUAAAUUGCACUCAACUUAUCAAACUUUCUCCAAUCACUCCCAACGUGAUCAAUAUCAAUUGGACUCCUGAUGGAAAAAAUUACGUUAUGUCUAUUUAUCUGGUAAAAAGAUUAACUUCAGAAACCUUGAUACAAAGACUUCGAGAUAAAGGAGGUAGGAGUUCAGAACAGACCAAAAACUAUAUAAUUAAAAAAUUAGCAGAUGUGGAUCCAGAUUUGGCCACCACAUCGUAUCGAUUUUCCUUGGUGUGCCCAUUGGGUAAAAUCAGAAUGAAAAUGCCUGCCAAAUCUAUCCAUUGUGAUCAUUUACAAUGUUUUGAUGCUCACACAUUUAUAUUGAUGAACGAAAAAAAGCCUACUUGGAUGUGCCCUACAUGCAAUAAGCCCUGUUUGUAUGAUGACAUACAAAUAGAAAACUAUUUUUUGAAUGUUGUGUCUAGCCCAAAUUUAAAAGACAGUAGUAAGGAAAUUGAAAUUUUAGCUGAUGGCACAUGGAUAGUUUAUGAAGAAAAGAAAGAGACGAAAACCGCAAAUAGUACUCCUGAUGCAAAAUUAAAACCUAUUGAUUCUGUGGAUUUAGAUAGCGACGAAGAAAAAUCCUUUGAUAUGAAUGUAGAACACCCUGAAACUGAAACUGUCAAACACCAAGAAAAUGAAAACUUAUGCUUUGUUGAUUUGACAUUAAGUGACAAUGAAGAAGAACCACCAAAAGAAAAAGAUAAACAGGAAAAUGAGGCACAGGCCGCUAAUGCUAUACAACCAGUUACUGUAGUUGAUUUAAAACCACAAGCUCAAGUACAGCCGCAACAAGCUGUUACCAGUUCUGAGCAAGGAGUAGUAAUCGAAAUUGACAGUCCAUCCCCUCCUUCAAGUCCUAUUCCUACAACUGAAGCCCCAUAAUUUUUAUUAUUAUUGUAAGCAAAACAGUUUUAAAAUACAUCAAACUUUAACAUUUUUAUGAUAUUUAAGUUCUAUCCAUAUAGCAUAUAAGAUAAAAUUAAUUAUUAAAAUGUUAUAUUUAAUAAAUAUUAAGAUAAUAAUAUCCUUCUUUUUUA